UAGGUUUUGGGCCGUCAUGUCCUCUCUGAGGUUUCUCUUCGGUUUGCAUUACGUGCAUUAUAGACUUUCUGCACUGACAGUACAUUGAAUUUUGAAACUGUAUUGUAGAUUACAGAUCAAGUCGUGACAUGUAAGUUAAUGUCUUGGAUAAUUUCGCUUUGAACACAAAGGAGUAUGGAGCACGUUGAUAAUUCGAGCUAUUUCCAAACGAUUUGGGCUCCGAUAGCGUCUGUGGGAUGGUACAUCGUCGGACUUGGGAUCAUUGCAUUUUAUACGUUUCCACAUAUUCAAGAAAAAUUUAAGAGUUGGAAAGUCGCGAGGAACCAACGAGAUGCUGCACUUGGCAAAAAAACUGAUGAAUUACCGCAGUUGUCGGCUAAUGUGGAAUUGGCACGACAGAAGAUGCAAGAGACGUACGACAAGUCUCGUAUCUUAGCACAAAUUAAAGAAGAAGAGGAGAAAGAGAAAAAGAAACAAAAGGUCUUGAAAUUGCUGGAGAAUAAAAAUGUGGGUAUAAGACUAGGUAGUACAAUCGAUGAUGAAAUUCCUAGUACGAGUUCAAAUACAGGUACAAAGUUAAAGUCAGAAUAUAAUCCCUUAAUGGGUGAUAAUACUCGUGGAUAUCGUCCUCCAAAACGGAGCUGUUGCAAAAAAGGUGGAUGCGGUUAAAAUAAUUUUAUAGAAUCUCAUAAAAAGAAAGGCCAUUCCAUUCUUGCAAUUUAACAAUUGUCAAAAUAAAAAG